AUGACGGUCGCAACCACAACCACAACAACUCAGCCAACGAUUGCGGGCAAGAAGAAGAUGGCUCCCCUCGAGCCUCAGCCCAUCCGUCCCUCGCAGGGCCCACUCAAGUCCACAUGGCACAAGCCCGAGAACAAGUCGUCCUGGGGAUUCCACCACUGGAUGAUCCACCUCUUUGGCAUUGACCCAAUUCCACAGAACGCAACUGCGGUGCACCACAACAAGGACGACCCCAUGCCCGUCUGGAACAACUUCACCCACCACAUUUGGAUCGCUAUGCGCAUCCUUCCCGCUAUCGGACUUCAGUACCUCUACAUGCAGUGGGCCGGACGCAACUUCCACCCCAUCGCCAACAUCCUCUACUGGGGAACCUUUGUCUCCCUCUUCGGCAGCAACCUUCUCAACGUGCUGCGCUCCGUCGCCUCCAAGGUCGGCUACCUCCAGGCCGAUGCCGCCCGUGACGGCGUGCCCGAUGUGCGUGUCACGCAGGUACUCAACUCGCUCCUCAUGACCGCCUUCUUCCGUCCCGCCGCAGCUACGCUCGUCAUCUACAACCGCGACGAGCCCAUGAAGCUUUCGCCCUGGCUGCCUCUCAUGAUGCCUCUCUACUCGCUCGCCAUCGACUUCUGGUUCUACUGGUACCACCGCGUCAUGCACGAGUCCGAUGCGCUUUGGAAGUUCCACCGUACCCACCACACAGCCAAGCAUCCCACGCCCAUCCUCUCUCUCUACGCCGACAUGGAGCAGGAAUGGUUCGACGUGGUCUUUGUUCCGCUGCUCGCCUACUUCACCAUCAAGCCCAUCGUCAGCAUGAGCUACUACGACUGGAUCUUCUGCUGGACGCACGUCAUGUUCAUCGAGCUCACCGGCCACUCUGGCAUCCGCGCUUUCGGAGGUCCGCCCGCCUUUGACCUCGUCAGCUGGCCCAUGAGGAAGCUCGGCAUGGAACUCACCAUCGAGGACCACGACCUCCACCACUCGAGGGGCUGGAAGACCUCUGGCAACUACGGAAAGCAGACCCGCGUCUGGGACAAGCUCUUCGGAACCAUCCUCCCGCGCCAGGAGUCGCUCGACGAACAGAUCGACCACACGACCAAGAUCUCUCUCCCCCAGUUCUAA